UACUCACACACCCAACCACAGUUUCCAUUUAGAUCUCAACCUAAAAACUCGUGGUAAAUAUUGAAUAUAUAUGAUUUCUCUAGAAUUAUAUCACUUCUGUGUGUGGGAGAACGCAUUGGAAAAAGUACAUGAUUGUCAAUAUCACCAAUGCUAAGGCAUCAAAGAGUAUUAAUACCUUUUGGUAUAGUAAUCCAUUAUUCCUCCAUGUGGGCAGCUGAAAAACUGUGAGAUAAAGUGAACCCUGCAUGCUGGGCAACUUUAAAAGCCGGAAGCAACGUUAUCUUCUUUUAAAGUGUCUUUGGUCGAGAGACACGUCAAAGAUGAUUUUGCUAACAGUGACGGAACGGGGAUGGACACAAUGGGUGCUUCUUCACCUUAUGGUCUCAGGUGCUCGCUCUCUGGUCACAGUCCACCAGCCUCCUGUGCUUACUGCCGUUCUGGGUCGUGAUGUUACAAUGCCGUGCCAGCUCAACAUUUCCCACGAUGAGAAAAUGGUGAACUCACCGGUUCUGUAUUGGGUGUACUUCAAAGACAACACUUCCCAUGUCAAACUGUGGCCCCCCACUGAAAACUACCAGGGACGUGUUGCCCUUCUGGACGAAAACGUGAACUCCUCAGACAAAUCCAUACUCUUCAAGAGCAUCCAUUGGGCCGACAGUGGGAAGUACUUGUGCAAGCUCUCCAUCAUCACUGCAGAGAACAACAAACGUUCCAGAAAAACAGGGAACGGGACAUUACUGACGGUUUACGACACCAUGAUCUUUGCCCGCCACAACGACUCUCUGCUCUGCUGUUCAGUAAACGUGACCCGAGAUGCCGAAUUCGUUUUGUCCAUUUAUCACGGUGGAUCCAAACUCCAAAGUGUUGACUCUUUCUCGGGAGACUUUUCUGCAGCUCUGCCCUACGUCACACUCUCUGAGACGAUCUCGUUGAGGAGCGGAGGAAACUAUGAGUGUCAGCUGCACCUGAACGAAGAGCUGGUGACGAAGAGCAACUUCCACUACGGUCCAAAUGCUGGAGUAGGUGGAAGUACUGAAAAAAACGUUUCAACUACCCCUGAGCCAGAUGAGGAGGUGUUUCCGGAGCCGUGGCCCCUGUAUGGGGGUCUCCUCCUGGUGCCCAUCGUAAUCCUGCUGAUCCUCGUAACCGCCCUGCUGAUGCACAGAGGCCAAGUUCGUUAACACCUGGCUCGAACCGAGAGGCUUGACGCCGGAGAUCCAGGCUGUCAGCAAAGGAAAAGAGACCAAAGCAAUUCGUGAACAGGGACAAUCAGCUUAAUUCAACUCUGUGGAGGAAGACCAUCUACAGGGCUCGCUCUUACUCCCAGCUCAUUAUACACUCAUGAAAAGCUAAUUACGAACAUGAUAUCAUCCAGUAGAUCACCAUAAACUCUGCACACUGAACCUUUAAUGAAGACAGCAUUACAAAUUAUUUAAUACUGUAAAUAUUUAGAGGGACUGUCAACAUCUGUGGCCUCCUAUGAGCCAGCUAGGAAACAUCUACCAGCACACGCUUUCAACAGGUUCUUCAUUCAUUUAAACUGUAAACUGUUUGAAUAUUAUUGCACAGAAAGGUAAUAGACUGUGGCCCCUGCGACCCGGACCCGAAUAAACAGUAGAAAACGAGACGAGAGAAGGUAACAGAAUAUCUAAGUGCUUACAUAUGGAUAUAAAUUAUAUAUGAAUAAAAUAUGUCAUUAAUCUUA